AAAUCAGUUGAGUACGUGGAUUUCAAUCGCAAUUUCUCUAAGAUCAUCGUCACAAUGGUUCUCACUGGAGGCUGCAUGUGUGGUGCUAUUCGAUACCAGGCUAAUGUCGAUAAACCUGAUGUCAAAGCUGUUUGCCAUUGCAGGAACUGCCAGAGAUGGACGGGGGGGUCAUCCACAACGAAUGUGAUCAUUCCUCGGGAAUCGUUCAAGCUGAUCCAGGGCGAACCAAAAACGUACCCUUACACCGCGGACUCUACUAAGACCUAUCAUACAUUCUUCUGCGGAGUCUGUGGAUCUGGCAUCUAUGGCGAGCCGGAUUUGAUGCCUGACAAGCUCUCGAUCAAGGCGGGCUCACUGGAUGACCCUAAUUUGGAAGGGGAAAUCGAUUAUGAGCUGUAUACAAAGCGCCGCGUCGCCUAUCUAAAGCCCUUGGAUGGGGUCAAGCAGCUCGAGGGCAUGCUUAUGCCCUAGUUAUGAUUUCCUACAUAUGCAAACGUCGUACGGAGGGUAUUUCAAAGAAGAGGGAUAUUUCUUUUGCUGAAAGGACUAGUUAGAGCAUUGAUACUAGAAUGGAUGACAUCCUGUACUAGCCUACGCAGUAUAACAUUGUCUUGUUUUCUUUCCAGUUUAUUCUUUUUAUCAUCUUUUCUGCUUUUGACCUACAGCCCCUUUAUUUCUGUCUCUGUUGUGAUGAAAUCAGAGAUCUCUUAUUGUCUCGAAACAUUAUACCUAUGGGCUCUUCUCCUUCCUCCUUCCUCCUUUCUUCCACCUACUCUAGUAUUCAAUAUCAACAGAUUAAAUGCAACUUUUUGUGAAGAAGCUCUGGCCACUUUUACUGGCGACACCUGAUAGACAUUUCGAGGAAGUAUCAAAAUGCAUUUUCAUCCUUCUACAACGGUCGCAUACCCUGGAUAAGAGGCUUUGUUCAGGAAAACAUCCAAUCAAAACAAUAGCAGCUUCUUGU